AUGAAUUUACUAGAUUUACUCACUCUGCCUUGUGCUCUUGAAAAUGUGGAACAGUACGAGAUUAACGUAAGGGAUGGCGAAGUAGAUUGGGAUGAAGAACUUUCAAUACAAGCUGAGUAUGCAAAAACAUUUCAAUGGUUCAGGGAAUUGCACAUUGAGGAAAAGCUAACCCUACUUGUGGAUCGCCUUUUCCAAAUGGCCGCUAUGCGUCUUGCUGUUGAAAGGGCACAGUUAGAUAGGACAGAUAUUGUCAGUAAAAGCUUGCGAUUAACGAUCUCAGCUAUACGUCGCAUUGAACUGGAUCCCGUUGCAUUUGCAAUCUUAAAUGCAAUUGUUUUUACUGAUUAUGGUAUCCUGCAGAUGGAGCGUCACGAUUUGCAGAUCACUUGGCGCUAA